AUGUCCUCUCGAUCUACAUCUACGCUUCCGAGAGUCCCCGGAGAUAUUACUUACCUACCGGUUAAGGGAAAAUCACUAGAUCUAAUAACAGAGGAGCAACUAUUCGAGCGAACUGAGCUAGGCAUGAUAUUUGCCAAACCCCCCUACAGUGAAUUAACUAGUGAACAUGGGUUUCAGGCCGUACUUGAAACCCCUUUCGUUCCUCUCCCCGGUGUUGAAUUUUCUGGUCCGGCAGUUCAAAGUCACGACCAAGACAAUGAAGUCUUCAAUUAUCUCCGUUUCAAGCAUCUCAAGGAGUCAAGGGAGAAAAACGUAGAUGGCGAAUUGAGAAACGUUCGCUGUCUUCUUGAUUGGUCUACAGACGUAUCUAUUGCUCUGGAAUCAGCCGUUGGGAACAAUCCCGGGACAAUGGAAUCUAUAGAGAUCGGGGUUUUAACUCUUGGGGAAUUUCUAUUAGAUGAAAAAAAGCUUUUUGUUGGUGUCCAGAUUAUCAAACUUCAUAUACAUGGACGCCCAUACAUACAAACUGUAAAGGUUGUCAAGGAGCUUUUCCCCGGUCAUCAAGAUAUUAAUAUCGACAUUGUCUUGGGUAAAGACUUUUUGGAUGCCUGCCCCGGGCUUGCCUUACAGCCAGUGCUAUCUGGAGGCUCACUUGAAUUUGUUCCGUGGGAUCAUCGUGGCCAGGAAAUUAAUCCCUAUAAAAGCUCAUUUACCGUCAACGAACUAGGCGAACUGUUGGUGUACGUUUGUGGCCGCUCAGAGAAAGAAACCUCUAACCCGCAUGCACGCGCUGUAGAGGAUCCUGGGGUAUUCCUGGAAGAGAGGGGAGCAUAUGGCGUCUUUUUUGGGCCAAAUUCUCCUUGGAAUAUGUCUUUAAUUUCAACAAUAAGAGGCACUCCAGUCAAUGACACAGCGUUGAUAGAAGGCGUAAUAGCUGUAUCAGAUCUCUUGAUAGAUGGAGGGUUUAUCUUCGGGAACCCUACCUUUUCUUCUGUCAGAGUUUUUACAGAUUCUUCAUUGGUUGUCGAAUUACUAAAUUCGGAUACGAAAAUUGAGGAAUAUGAAAAAAAGGGGUGGAAAAACAAGGCAGGGGUUCAAUUAGGCAUUGCUGAGCCUGUGUCGAAGUGGGCUCAUUCGAUUCGCGAUCGAUACAAAUCAGUCUGCCAUAUUCCAUGGGUGAAAAAAGAUCUUUUCAUCUUUGAAAGGAUUGACAAAAAACGAAAAGGGCUUCAGGCUGCCCGUCACCUGGCCUCAUCUGGUCUGAAAGCAGAGUUAUAUCUGUGUGAUAAAGAUCUUGGUGACGUUCGAAAUUCUAAUAGAGAUAUAGCUGGUUGGGAGGAGCUGAGAUCUUCUGAUUUUCUAUACAUGAUCGCUCCCAGAGUCACCUGUGGUACAUUUAUGAUCAAACAAAAAAUAACCGACUUUGUUGACAGCCGUAUUCAAGCAAAUGCAAAGGUUCCUCAAGAAGAUGUGGAGGCGCAUCCUAAGCCACACUCCAUACAAAAGUUUUUUGCAAGUUACUUUCGGCCUGAGGACUCUUAUGACUUUGACUCAAUUAUCUUCAACCUUACAGCCUACCGUAAAUUCAAUGCCAUGAAGAUUCUUGAGGCUUUGGAUAGCUCAUUUACGAAAGAGGUUGUGAGAAUUGCAAAAGAAAAGAGAAGAUUACCGGAUUCUCUUGAAUUUUUUAAAGAAGAUGACGGGAAGAUUCAUUUCUUUCAUAGGGAUCCAGACGUAUUUUCACGAAAGCCGUAUCAAGAAAAGUUGAAGGAUAUCAAGGAAUCACCUUUAACCCGUGGUACGUACCGGGGCCACAAAUUAUAA